GUAUUGUUAUUAUUAUUUGGAUAGUUGUGAAGUUUUGGGUUUCCUUUGUUUUUGAUGACUUUAGGAGGGAUCUUCCACAAUUUACAUUUACUCUGUUCAUUCUAGCUGAAUAUUAAUUUGUUUUGCUUGUCUCAGUCAAGAAGGAAGCGGCCCAGAACUCCAACACCAGGGCACUAUCUUGGGCUGAAAAGUACCAGGGAUUAUGGCCGGGGUGACCGUGGUAGGUACCGUGGAGGUCGUGGUGAUGAUUAUGGCUAUCGUAGGUCUCCAAGGCACUCACCCUAUCGAGGGCAUGAUUAUUCUCCAAGAUACUCUCCCCAUGUUGGAAGAUCAAGGAGGGAGCGCUCAUAUUCUCCUUAUUCCCGUGGCUCUCGGUGAUGAUGCUGUUGUCUCCUUGUUCAUGGUAUCCCUCUAGUGGAGGAUUGGAAAAACGAAACCUAGGCUUAAUUAAUGUUUCUUACUGUUAUUUUGGGUUUCAUGGAGACUGACUGUUUUUAUUGGUGGUGAUCCGUAGUUUUAAUCUUAGGCUUUAAUUAAUAUUUCCGACUGUUAUUUUGGGUUUCUUGGAGACGACUGUUGCAUUUGUUGCAAGUCGUGUUCUGAACUAUCUAUUACGGGCAAUCAGCCAAAUGAAGGGUGGAUUUUAUCUUAUGUUCUAUAAUUCUGUUUAGACACAGCAUCUCCUGCUGUUUUCAACUCUUCAU